AUGGAACGAGCUGUUCUCAACAUAGAAAAUUUCGAUGAGUACUGUUUUCUAUGGAGCGUCGUAGCUGCGAUUCAUCUUCCUAACACUGGACAUCCUGAAAGAACAUCGGCGUAUCCUCAUUAUAGUGCUGUCCUAGAAUAUACAGAUUCAUUCAGGUUUAUGGCUUCUAGUCUUGACAAAUUAGCAUCUAAUCUGAAUGAUUGUGAUAAACAAAUUACUCAACAACAUUACAAUGAUCCGGAAAAAUUUAAAUUAGUAACUCGAAAGGGUGUAUUCCCAUACGAGUACAUAACUGAUAUUGACAAACUUAAUGACAAACAGCUGCCUGAUCAGGACUCAUUUUAUUCUAAAUUAUCGAACGAUGGUGUAUCUGAUAAUGAUUAUUCUCUUGCUCAAUUAGUGUGGAAUAAAUUUGAUAUUAAAACAUUAGGGGAAUAUUCAGAUUUAUAUUUAAAAACAGAUGUACUUCUUUUAGCUGACAUAUUUCAAAAUUUCAGACAUAAUUGUAUGGCUACUUAUAGCUUAGAUCCUUUACAUUACUAUACAGCGCCGGGACUUGCCUUCGAUGCGAUGUUAAAAUAUACAAAUGUUGAACUCGAGUUAUUUACCGAUCCUGAAAUGAUGCUAUUUAUUGAAAAAGGUAUCAGAGGUGGUGUAUCUCAGUGUACAAAUAGGUAUGCAGUGGCCAAUAAUCGUUACAUAGGAUCCAGCUUUGAUCCUAAUAAAGCUGAAUCCUAUUUAAUGUAUUAUGAUGUGAAUAAUUUGUAUGGUGCUGCUAUGAGUAUGCCGCUACCAAAAGGUUCAUUUGAAUGGGUUUACCCGCCUGACGAUCUAUCUUUUGACGUCGAUAACGUAGAUCAAUUUUUAAACGACAUCGAUAGCAUUGGCUAUGUAUUAGAAGUUGAUCUACAUUAUCCUCAGGAAUUUCAUGAUCUACAUAAAGAUUUACCACUAUGUCCUGAACAUUUUUCACCACCGGGUAGCAAAGUUUUAAAAUUCGAACAGUCACUCUGGCUCAAGUCAUAUAUCGAUAAAAAUACAGAUUGUAGAAAAGCUGCUAAAAAUGAGUUUGAAAAAGACUUUUAUAAACUUAUGAAUAAUGCUGUAUUUGGUAAGACUAUGGAAAAUGUUAGAAAAUACAAAGAGAUUCAUAUAGUGACAAGAUGGGCCGGUAGAUAUGGCGCUGCUGACUAUAUUUGUAAGCCUAAUUUCCAUAGUCUUACUGUUUUUGACGAGAAUAUGAUAAUUAUUGAAUUGAAGGCGGCAAAAGUACGCUUUGACAAACCAAUCUAUGUUGGUUUUUGUAUAUUAGAUUUAUCAAAAACUUACAUAUAUGACUUCCAUUAUAAUUAUGUGAAACAAAAUUUUGCAAACAAUGAAUCGAAAUUAAUGUACACUGACACUGAUAGUCUUAUUUACCAUUUUAUUGUACCAGACAUCUAUGAGAUCAUCAAACGUGAUAUUGCCAAGUUUGACACCUCUGAUUAUCCACCUGAUAAUGUUUACAAUAUACCACUAGUUAAUAAAAAAGUUUUAGGUCUGAUGAAAGAUGAGAAUAAUGGUAAAAUUAUGACUGAAUUCACUGGACUUAGAGCAAAGUUGUAUGCUUUUAAAAUUUAUAAUGAAGAUCAGGUAAAAAAGCGAGCUAAAGGUGUUAAACGUCCGACUUUGCGAACUAUCACUUUUGAAGAUUUCAAACGAUGUUUAGAAGAUCAUGUAAAUUUAAGUAAGAAACAAUAUGUAAUUAAAAGUAACAAACAUAGUGUUAGUACAAUAGUUCAAAAUAAGAUAGCUUUGAGUUGGGAAGAUGACAAACGUCAGCUUCUGUUAAACAGUACUGAUACCGUACCAUGGGGUUACAAAGUAUCAAGAGAUGAUAUUAUGACUAUACCGAGACCAAAUAAAAGACGAAAAAUGUAA